CAUUGGAUUGUGUUAUUACUUGAACAUUCCAUUUGUAGGCUACUGUUCGCCAUAUCUGUUCCUGUGUCACAUUUUGUUCAUGAUGUAUUUCUUUUAUCCAACGCUAAGACACUAUGAAAUUAAUGAAUUUGAACUACAAACACUUUGCAAUUGCUAUGUUUUUAUUUAUUCAACUUUCCAAGGCCUACAUCAUUAAAGAUGGUUGUCUCAACUGUAGGCUACCAGGUAAGUGUCUCAACUGUAUAGGGUACAGUUGAGACACAGUCAAGACAAAAAAUGCACCUUAUGUUUAUGAGCUAAUUGUGGAAAAUAUAAACUACUUAUGGGUAUUAUUGAUUUAUAAUAUUUAACUCUACAAGGUAAGGAAAUGGCAUGUGGAAUGUCGUGUGGAAAAUCACUUAUUUUCAGUAUCUAUUUUUUGUUUGAUUUUGUGUGGGCAAAAAGUGUCUCAACUGUACUCAGUCUACUGUAUGUGUGGUGUGUGUGUGUGUCUGUGUUUCACCCACCCCACUUUUUAAGUCAUUCUAUCCAAUGGAUAUUUGAAUAAUAAAGUAUUGUGCCAUUGUUUAAAUGGUAGCCUAUAGCCUAUCACGAUAAAAAAAAAUGGAGGGCACUAUAACCUAGACUACCUUAUUUUGAGUACAAAGCCUUUUUUGUUUUGAGUACAAAAGUGCCUUCUCAUUACUUUUGAUGUUGUGGUGAGGUGCAAGGUAAGGGCUGUGAAGGCAUAGGGCCUUCUCGAAAAUAGACAACAGCUAAAAUCUACCCUACUGUAGGCAUACCUUCACCGGAAGUCAAACCCUUCCCACAGUUAGGCUGUAAAUUAUCUGUCAGAGCAGCGCACACGUUCAGAAGCUCGAGCGAUUGGUGGAUGAACUGUGCGCUGAACGAAACAAAGGAUUAUUCACAGAACUCAAGAUUAUUGUGGCAUGUUUGGACUGCCAGUGGAACAGUUAUACGUUACAGAAUGAGCUGCUGUCCUCAGCCACACUCAGUCAACUACCCCCAGGAGGAUGAUGAGACUCUGAGCAAAGAUGGCGCAAUGGACGGUGCCUUGGGCAGCCCUCGGCCAAAACAGUGCAGUCCAUCGUCAGACUUUAACAGCUCUCUCUUUAAAUUCCCAGAUGGCUCUAGGCAGCCUACCAGGACACAGUGCACGGUUUCCAACCUUUCCAUUUCCAGCGAAACGUCCAGUUAUGUCCCCUACCAGCGGCCGCUUGGACUCCCAGCAGGCUACAGCCAGCCAACUCCUUUCCCGAGCCGGACGGAGGAAUCUCAGAGCACCCUCAACCCGCACAAAGGUGUCUGGCACCAUCCAAUGCCCGUCUGUGACAGCUCAUUGGACGGCUACUCAGCUGGACCUCUGCCCUCCUUCAUGAUCUCUGGAAGUUGUUCCCAUUACCAGUCAGAGAUGAGCUUCUCCCGGCCCCACUGCGGCUCCCUGCCCCUGUCAGGGAGGUGCAGCCCCGACCAGAGUGGUCUGGAGCAGCCAUGCUCUCUCCACUCCCUCCCCAUGCCAGCUGCACUGCAAAACUUCCACCUUUAUCCCCACCCACAGUGGAGGAUGGCCUGCUGUGCCCAGUGCCCCAUGGAAGUGUUGAGGAUAGACCCAGUACCCCAUCAGGCCCCUGGGAACCCCAGACCCUACCUGCCCUCCUGCCCUAAUCCGAUUGGACCUUUACACAGAAACAGCAUUCACAGAGACCACAGUCCUGUGAACCCUGGACCAAAGUCGGACACAGCACAACUCUCCUUUGAACAAAGAAAGGUGUUUGUCACAUAUGAGACGGAUAAUGACGAACAUGUGAAGGAGGUCAUCAAUUUUGUGGCACUGCUUAGGCACAAUGGCUUCUACACACAUAUUGACAUGUUUGAGCAGCAGUUCAGAAGCAUCAACAAGAUAGACUUCAUGGAGCGUUACAUCAGUGAGAAAGACUACUUGAUUAUUUUUGUCAUCAGUCCGAAGUACUACGAGACGGUGACCAGCACAACAGCCUACACAGAGGACGAUGAGACCUUAAACACUGUUUACAUUCAUAAGCAGCUUCAGAAUGAAUUCAUUCAGAAUGGCUGCAAAAAUUUCAGGUUCAUACCUAUUCUGUUUCCAGGAGCUAAAAAGUGGCACGUACCCAGAUGGCUUCAGAACACCCACAUAUACAGCUGGCCAAGGGACCACGAUGAUAUUUUGCGACGGCUGAUGCGCGUGGAGAAAUACAAUCCUCCGCCCAUUGGACCACUUCCCACUAUUGUCUCUGUUCCCAUAUAACACCCCCUUUGCGCCAGGAAUUGUUGGGGGAACAUUCUGAAGUUGGGCACACCAACAGAGGCCGACAUGCAUCAACUCUGACGCGUUACAACUGCAUAUAGUUAACGGAAUAUUGGUUAACCGGCUAACAGCUACAGCAGUGAUCGGUGACAUUUAAAGACGCACAACAAGUUCCGUAUUUGUAUGAUUUCACUUUGUCAAUGGACUCCUCCAUUGGACUAAUGAAGAAGGUGACAUGCCGUGACAAGGUGAAAGCAACAUCAACUGUUCAAAUGAAUAGGCUACUUUUCGCCACAUAUUGCAGUGUAUUUUGUUUAUUGUUUUUUUUUACACCAACAAUAGCAUAAUGUUCCAAAAAUAUAAUAAAACAUCCCAAUGUAAUAAUGUAUAUUGUAAUAAACAACAUAAUGCAUAAUGUGAUCAAUGACUCAAUCUAAGCUUGGCCAUACAGAUUCAGACAGCUCACUGCCUUCAGAAGCUGAAAUAAUUUCAUAUAUGGCUAAUUAAAGAACAUAUGUCAGGUUAACAAUUUAUUUCAUUAAUGUUAACUAAUGUGUAGAUAAAUCAGAGGAGAUGCACACAUUUUUUUAAAAAUUAUUACUCUAAAUGCACUAUGACAUCAUUUACAGUGAUUUCUGUCAAGAUCACAUUUCAAAACACAACUGAGUGAUGACAUCAUUAAGGGAAGAAUGUAGGCCUAAUAUAUUUAAAGAACAAUCAGGUUAAAUUUGUAAUUAAGAUUAUAAUAUAUUUUGAAUACUUUGGAUUACAUCAACAUUGUAUUGUAUUUUAUUAGCAGUGGAUGAAACAGUUAUGUGAGGUUAUGUGAACUUGUGACCCACAGUGUCAACAACAACCCAAAACCUGCUUUACCGUAAGGAUUGAUUGAUAUAUAAACCUAUGUGCUAUGAAACUCUUAAUGACAUUAAGUCAAAGACACAACAGAGAUGCUUUGAUCGAGAAAUGAGAAAUGAGAACCUAUAAUUGGCCUAAAACAUGCUGGCUGGAUAUAGGCCCUAUUGGCCUAUAACAAACUAAUUUUACAUUCUACAUUACUUGAGAGGUUUUUCAUUUAGGCUAUCAAUAUAUAAACACAGAGGGAAGUAAGGAUCCAGCUGAGAGAUACAUAGGGCUGGUUGAGUUCAAAAAGCCUUGACCUACAUUUUACAGUAUGAUGAUUUAAAAUGUAAUCCCUUAAAUGUAUCAGUGUAACUGUGUCCUGAAUACCACCAAUUUUAAAUUGUAACUGUAUGUGAAUACAGUUGCUCAUAUUUUGUAUUUUAAUGUAUGCAUUUUUUAGGACUGAUGGUUACAGCAUUAGGUUACGUAACAUAACAGGUAUGUUGAUAUUUGCCUUGUAAUUAGUGAUUAUAGGUUCCUGACUGACAGUUUGACAUAUUCAAUACAUUGUCUAGGCUAUAACUUUUUUUCAAUACAUUUGCCUUGUGAUUAUAGGUUCCUGACUGACAGUUUGACAUAUUCAAUACAUUGUCUAGGCAUUGUCUAGGGUGAACUGUAAGAUCAUAAGGAUAAUGCCUCUCCUCUUCUCCACUUUCCUCUUUGUUGCAGUUUGUCCUGUCACAGUUUGCAUAUACUGUAGGUACCUUUGCCAGAAAAGGAGCAGACACAUACACAGAGAAUACAUACACACAUCACGAGAAAGGGAUCAUGUAUUUAAUGUAAUAUACAGAUGUGGACAAUUUAUAGGCAUUCCACAAUAAAUAAACCUACAAUCUUAUCUGAAAUUACUUGAAA